GUUACACUUCUAUAUAUUUUUUUUUACAUAAAAAAAACUUCAAAAUUGGGCCUAAAAACAAUUUAUAACGAACCAAAAUUGGUCGUAUUCAACUUGAAAAGAAAUUCAAAAAAGCGACUGAUAAAAGGUAGGUCUUUUUCAAGUGGAUUUGAGCUCACAUAGUUUACUGAGAAUUAUUUCAGAAAAUUGCUACACUAAUAAUCAUAUUUCACAGCUCAUCUUAAAAAUAAAAAAUAAUAAUAAAAAAGAAAAAGAAAAAAGGAAAAGAACAGAAAAAAAGAAAAAAAAAAUCGAUGAAAUAGGUCGCAUAUUUAAAAGGAUUAGUAUAGGUGAUAAAAUUAAAAGAGCAGAGAUAAACGCAAAAGAGAAAGCAGAGCGAAAAUGGCGAUGGUGAGUGUGAGCAAAGUGAAAACGAGAGGCCCCAACCACAAGAUGUCUCUGGAAGAUUACCUUCUUCUCACUCAGUCUCACUCCAACCUCCAUCUCACCGCAUCAGAUCUCAAUCAGAUCCUCGGCAUGCACGGGUACAGGAAAAUCCACGGACUCAACAAGCAACGUCUGAUCGACGCCGUGAGCUCAAUGUCCCUGGUCCAGCCGGCUCGCUCUACGCUCAAAGACGGCAUCUCGCCGUUUGUAAUCACGGCGCCAGAGGACGUCAUCGCCGCCCUCGACGUGCUCAACUGGAAAGAGUGCUGCGUCACCUCCAUUGAAACCCUAAGCUCAUCGAAACACGCCCACUGCUCUCCUCCUCUUACAAGCCCCUGCUCCGACGUCGCCAAGCACAACAAGCAUCAGCAAUCGUCGCCCUUACCCCUGAAUUCGGUAGCCUACGGCGUAGUUUCCGCUCUGGACGGUGCUUCCUUGUCCUCUGGGGCUUCUGAGACCACUCAUCCGGCGAAGGAGUCGGUGCAGGAGAGAAAGAGGCAGAGGUCGCCGAGUUGCGGCGGUGGCGCCAAUUCUACUGCUUUGGCCUGCGUUUCGUACGAAGCGUGCUGACGUCACAGCAUUUUCGUCUCGGCGGGAGUUUGACACGCGGUUGGUGCUCGCAGUGGUAGAUCUGUGAUAUUCGGAGAAGGCAAGGGGUGUUUCUGUACAUUCUGUUCAGGCAGUGGUAGAUUUGUGUUUCGAAAGUAGUAUUAUCGAAUUUUCAAGAUGAAUUGAUAUUAAUCUAAUUGUACUGGGUUGAUGACUGGCAUAUAAGGAAAUUGGGAUUUUUAUCUUCUUUUUUUUCUUAACUUUUA